AUGCAUCCGAUACAGCUCCCCCUCGAGCUGAUCCUCAGGAUAAUUCCAUUUCUCGACGAUCCCCCGAACGUUCCAAAGAAAGAAUGGGAGCACAUUCCCCUCUUGGCAAAUUCGAAGAUUCGGCGUCGCAGUGGACCUCCUUCUCUCUCUUCUUGCUCCCUCGUAUGUCACGCAUGGAACGAUAUCUGCCGGGCCUAUAUAUUUCGCGCGAUUUAUAUCGAUUGCAAUGAGGACACCACCUUCGAGGCAUUUGCCUUCCUCCAUUCUACAGCCCCUCAUCUCUGCAAAUAUGUCCGGGAGCUUCGUCUGCGCUUCUGCAUUGACGUUGUAUGGGUUCCAGCAUGGAUGGAUGCCUGCCUCAGUCGCUUCACGAACCUGCGAGAAUUGGAGCUACGGUACUUCUCAGAGAUGGGGCCGACGGUCACCACUCCACUGGUGCAAGGAAUCGUGUCUUUGCUUGCUACCAUCAGCCUCAAACGUCUCGCUCUAUUAUUUUGGGAUAAGUUUGUUAAUGCCUCGGAUAUGUCUCGCAUCCUAUUCGCCUGCUCAGCAACGCUCGAGGAAUUCAUGAUCGACUGCCUCCUUUGGGAGCCCAGCCGUAGGAUCAUGCCAUUUGUGCCUCCCGUUGCACAUCUGAAAGCUCUUCGGAGACUGGAGCUGGACGAAUCAAUCACACCAUUUGCCCACACCAACACCAUUGAAUGCCCAGAUCUGGCUACAUUCACCAUUUCUCACUACCAGGAUCAUCCUUGGGAGCUGCCGCCCUGGAUUCCAGCGAGCAUCUCUGAUCUCAAUUUGCGAGUUUCGGUUCGAUCUGGCCCCCUCCAGUUUGAACGACUUGUAUAUCCCUCCCGCUUGACCAUCCAGUUAAUAUCCCUCGACGGUGAUAUUACAUGGUUGGAAGGAAACAUCAAUCGCCUGCCAUUCCACCAUCGCCUCCGUGAACUCACUAUCAAAAUCGUUAGCUAUGGCCAGAACCUAUCAUCGUUCCCCGAAUCUACGUGCUACGAGACGCUAUGUCGCCUCCUACUACCGCACCAGUACCCUGGAUUGUUGAAACGUAUCAUCUUCAACAUCAGAAUUUGGGAACAUCCAGAUAUCGAUAUUGCUGAGUUGGACAGCAUUAGGAUGAGGGAGACCGUGAGGUUGGAAGAGGCAUUUUCGCCGUUAUCAGCAGUGGGCCCAUUUUCGGCUCUAGUUCUUGUGCACCUGGGCCCUGGAGAGCACAAACCAAAUGUUGUAAUGCAGUGCAUUGUUUGA